UUCACGGAUUCAGCCUUCGUCAGGUUUGACAAUAUAAAGACCGAGCUUAAUGUCCGGACUUUUCAGAGUAAAAUCAGUCAUUUCAACGAUGUGUUGCAUCGGGUUUCAUGAAUGGAGCUCCCUUCCUCUGUGCCUUAUCUGCUGUUGUUGGCGGACUUGACGCAUCGGGCGUCGUGCGUCGCCGGUAGAGGAGGUGUUGGCGCAUCGCGUUACUGCUGCUGCUGCCACACAAAUCGUCUGUCCUGCACUGAAAGAGGGGACACAACUAAGACGGGCUGCUCGACAUCACAUCAGAGGGGUGUCGCAGCAAUAGGCUUCACCUUUAGAUAUUAUCACCUGCUUCACAAUGAUCAAGAACGGGCAUCACAACCACCACCAAGCGAACAACGUCCCAGCAACUGGGAAAGACGCAGGGACGACUCCCGGCGCUAUAGCUUGCAGCCCCGAGAAGAGGAGGCGAAGAAUCCGGGUGUGGUGCGAUGGAUGCUAUGACAUGGUGCAUUAUGGCCACUCCAACCAGCUGCGACAGGCCAAGACCAUGGGAGAUUACCUCAUUGUUGGAGUACAUACAGACAGUGAAAUCGCAAAGCACAAGGGUCCGCCGGUCUUCACUCAGGAAGAAAGAUACAAGAUGGUACGGGCCAUAAAAUGGGUGGACGAGGUUGUGGAAGGAGCACCGUAUGUCACCACCCUUGAGACCCUUGACAAGUACAACUGUGACUUUUGUGUGCACGGAGAUGAUAUCACUCUAACAGUGGAUGGGAAGGACACAUAUGAAGAGGUGAAGAAGUCAGGACGAUACAGGGAGUGUAAGAGAACCCAGGGAGUUUCAACGACAGAUCUGGUUGGCAGGAUGCUGCUGAUGACCAAAGCACACCACAGCAACAUUGAUAGUUUAGACUAUCAGCAGCACACAGACAACUUUGGAAAGAAGGGCCACAGUCCCUGGACGGGGGUUUCUCAGUUUCUGCAGACUUCACAGAAGAUCAUCCAGUUUGCUUCAGGCCAGGAUCCUCAACCUGGAGACACUAUCAUCUAUGCGGCAGGGGCCUUUGACCUCUUCCACAUCGGCCAUGUGGACUUCCUGGAAGCGGUGCAUAAACUCGCUGAAAAGCCAUACAUUAUAGUGGGGUUGCACUUUGAUCAGGAGGUGAAUCGUUACAAAGGGAAAAACUACCCCAUCAUGAAUGUCCACGAGAGAACGCUGAGUGUCCUGGCUUGUCGAUAUGUCUCAGAAGUGGUGAUUGGUGCACCUUUUGCUGUCACAAAAGAUUUGCUGGACCAUUUCAAGGUGGAUCUUGUUUGCCAUGGAAAGACAGAAAUAUACCCUAACAAGGAUGGAUCUGACCCUUAUGCUGAGCCCAGGAGGAAGGGCAUCUUGCGAACUGUUGACAGCGGGAACAGCCUCACUACAGAUGCCAUUGUGCAAAGGAUAAUCAAAAACAGGUUGCUGUUUGAAGCAAGGAACCAGAAGAAAGAGGCCAAAGAGAUGGCUGUGAUCCAGGCCAUGAAGCGACAAGAAGAUGAAAAGACUAAAGAGAGAGCCCAGGCUGUGCAGUAGGAGGGCCCUGAAAAGGCACUGUCA